AUGGGUAGAGCAGUUGUUGGAGUUCAAGCAUCAGAUGGUAGCUUCUUUGAGCAAUUCACAAGUGCUCAAAAAAAUUCCUCGACGACAACCAAGGAGGUGGAAGUGUUCAAUGGGGAUGUUUUCGUGAAAAAUCUCUCAUUUAAUUGCGACGAAAAGUUAUUGGAGGAUCUUUAUGUAGAGGCUCUCUAUACGAUAUUUCAUAAAGUCGGCCGUUCGAGUGGUUUUCCUGAUGAAGCGCUCAUCAAAUAUGUUCAACAGUCAUUUAGGGUUGACGAUAAUCGUCAUAGGCGUCUCGUUAGCAGAGCAAAUGAAGAAAAGCCACCCGUUGUCCUGCUCAAUGUGCUGCUUCUUGAGGCGAGGGAUUUGAUCGCAAAGGAUGUCAACGGUUUGAAUUUCACUCGAUUCAGUGAUCCGUUCUCGAUGAUGGGUGUUGUACCAAGUAGAACACAUGAGCAACAAAAGCCAGUUGGAUCGCCCAAACUUGAAAAAUGUACACAAGAGCGAGAUUCGACGGUGAAUGGAGAUGACGCCAAUAUUCAACCACUGUCCCCCCAUACAGUCGAGAAGACGCCAUUCAAUCAAAAACGACUUGGUGGUGGUGGUGUUUUUCAUCGUUUCGGGGGAUCUUUUCAACGUCGAAUUGGAUCGAGGAAGAACGCAAAGGAUCCUGAAACUAAACAUAUUCCAGCUAAACUGAUUAAGGCAUCAUCAGUGCAACGGAAAACGCUCAAUCCGAAAUGGAAUGAAAAGUUUCAAUUCGUUGUCGACGAUGUUGCUACUGAUCGUUUCCAUAUGGAUAUAUGGGAUCAUGACGACGAAGAACAAUCUGUCAUUGAUGCGGUUACUUCGCUGAAUCAUAUUUCUGGAUUAAAGGGUCUUGGAAGAUAUUUUAAGGAAGUUACGCAGAGUGCACGUGCUGAUUCGCAAGAUUGUGUUGAUGACUUUCUUGGAUGCAUAACGCUCAAAAUUAAGGAUAUUCCAUCAGUAGGCAUUGAUGACUGGUUCACUCUUGAGAAGAGGUCUGAAAGAUCGGAAGUGUCGGGUCAAGUUAAAUUGAAGUUAUGGUUGAGUACCAAAGAGGAGCGCAAUGAAAUGGAUGAAGACGAUUUGGUUGACGUUAAGCAGCACGUCGACCUGAUUCGACAGUUUGCUAUACAUGAAAUCAGUCAUUCAGGGGCUCCUGUUUCGUCAUAUCAAGGUGAACUGCCGGAAGCCGCAAAAACAAUAUUACAUCAGCAUGCAAUACAAGGUGAUCUCACUGAACUUCAUCAAGCAUUAUGUUCAUGGUUGGCGUAUGUCUCUAUGCUGAAUAUUGGUAUAUCCUAUGCAUUUCUUUUUGAUGUGCUGUCUGACUUGAUUAUGAAGUGGGAACCACUCAUUCUUGAUAAGGAUGAUGAAAAUCUGUUGGGUGAUUCUUUUACGGCAUUCGACCAGCACUGUCGUAUAGCGAUGAUGGAUCACCGGACACGAUUUCCCACCAAUCGUCGUGAGCAACUCGACUCGAUUGCCAAUUUAUUGAGGUUACUCAUGUCAGCUGAAGCAUAUUUCAAGAAAGCAAUUGAAGAUGCAACAAAUAGCGAUCCAUGCUUGGAGUUAUCGUCGUUGUUGCAUUCAGUGAAUGCUGCCUGUGCCAAAUUUAUCUCUUACGAUCCCAUUUUCAAGGCUUUCGCAGGCGUGGACUACGCAAAUCUUAGCUAUUACCAGUUUAACAGGAUGUUGGAAGAAUAUCUCUGUUCCGAGUUAAUGAGUGAAAGUGCAAUGGACUUAAAGAGCUCGUUGAUUGAAGCGUCGAAGAGAGAUGAUGACAAUGGAAAAUCGCUGAUCGUUCUGAUCAGAAUUCAUUUCGCCCUUCUUGAAUUCAGAAAUUAUCGUUCGCCUAAACCUAAAUAUGCUGAGGACAAUGACGAAUGGGGGUUCAUUUUCGACAAAGCGAUCAGCAAAUGGAUUGAUCUGGUACGGGUUCGUGCUUUUGCUAGAGUUAAUCUAUCAUGCCAGCUUGAUACAAUGAUUCAAGCAUCAAAUGAUAUCAGACAUUCAAGUUCAUAUGUUGAUAUAUGUCAUAUGAUAACACAGAUAAUUAACACAUGGGAACGAAUGCGCGUUUGUGAUGUGCGCUUGCGUGUGGAUUUAACCGAAAAAUUAGUUCAAAGUAUCAGUAAAAUUACUGAAUAUUAUGUGGACAAAAUUUUAGCGCAGCUUGCAUCGGACGGUUUCUGUGGUGAGCUGCAAGUAUUCGUGCCAGGUGCACUUGUUUCAAUGGUAAGACUCUUCUGUGCUGCAGUCAAUAAUGCGGAGCAAGUCAGAAGAAGCCUCCUAUUCCAUGAUAAAUUGCAUCUUGAUGAAAUUGUCCAUAUUUAUCAAAAAGUCACUCAGUGCGAACCGAAAUGGCGAAGUGAAAUUGAAAAAAUAAUUGAUGAUUGUGACAAAUAUAUAAGUGAACAAAUAGAUGCUACCAUUGACAGGCUAACAAGACGACUCAGUUCACACUUCAAAAAACAUAUCUUCCAUCUUGCGUGGAGUCCUUCUGCGUGCGCUGUUGAAACAGCUAUCAAGCCAUUAACUGAUAUGUUAGAUGCUGAACUAAGCAGUGUGCAUCGUACAUUGCUGCACAAAAACUUCGUGCGGGUGAUGUUAAGUCAACUCAAUACACUCGUUCCCUUGCUUCAAGAAUGUGUUGAUGAGAAUCCUGGGCUUGAACCGAUGUUCUAUCAACGACUUUUUGAUGGAUCUUCCAUGUUAACCGAAUUCUUUCACGCCGAUGGUAAAGGAAUUUCUAUGGAAACAUUCAAUAAUCUAUCCGCUUAUCAGAAGUUGAUGUCGACACUGGCAUUGAAUCAAACCCCUACAGUGCAGCUGAUUGAGCAGUACUAUAGGGAUCUUUUAAAGGAGCAGAAUGAGGUCUCCGAAUGCAAAUACGGUAUAUUGAAUGUGCGUGCCUACUACAACACAAAUUCUCAAACACUUGUUGUGGAUGGUAUCAUUUUUGUAAUUCCACUUGAUUCGAACGGGCUCAGUGAUCCGUUUGUCAUCAUCGAACUUGUACCACGUAUGCGCUAUUCUUCUCAACCAAUUGCCAGAACGCGUGUUGUUAGUAAAAGCUUGAAUCCGAUUUUCGACGAAACAUUCGAAUUCCAUAUUCCGAACAAGAUUCCGGCUGUUGCAAUAGUGCAUUUCGUCGUUAUGGAUCACGAUUUUCUACGAUCGAACGACUUUGCUGGUGAAGCAUUUUUAGACUUAGCUGAAGUACCAGGCAUUGGUACGGCUGCUGGUUCUGCGCUACGACAGUUUAAUCUCAUUCUCAUUCAUCCUUCAAAAAGAGAAAAGCCGUCAACAGCGGUCUUAUCGAGUAGAAAAGAUGACAAGGAUGCACAAGAUUUUGUGCGAUCGCUGAAUGCUGUGUAUUAA